UAGGCUCAAAACCAUGUCUACUCCCCUUCGAGUUCUCGUCACCGGUGCUGCCGGCCAGAUUGGUUAUUCUCUUGUGCUCCAAAUUGCCAAGGGUGAUGUGUUCGGAAAGGAUACCCCAGUUACUCUAGUCCUGCUCGAUAUCCCACCAAUGGCUACCGUAUUGGAAGGAGUUCAAUUUGAACUCCAAGAUUGUGCUUUGCCGACUCUGCAUGGUGUCGAAUGUGUUACCUCAGAAAAGGAAGCCUUCACUGGCAUCGACUAUGCCUUUCUUGUUGGAGCUAUGCCUCGAAAAGAGGGUAUGGAACGUAAAGAUCUUCUUGCCGCUAAUGUGAAGAUCUUCAAAUCACAAGGCAAAGCAUUGGCUGAGUAUGCCAAGCCAACCACCAAGGUUAUCGUGGUUGGUAACCCAGCCAAUACCAACGCCUUCAUCUGUGCCAAAUAUGCUGCCCCAAAAGUGCCUGCUCGCAACUUCUCCGCAAUGACUCGACUUGAUCACAAUCGUGCAACUGCUCAGCUCGCAAUGAAAGCUGGAGUCACUAUCGCUGAUGUGAAGAAUGUCAUCAUUUGGGGAAAUCACUCAAGCACUCAGUUCCCCGAUGUGAAACAUGCCACAGUCACGAAAGGAGGACAAAGUGUUGAAGCCUACAAUGCUGUUAACGAUACCGCCUACCUCCAGGGACCAUUCAUCUCGACUAUCCAAAAACGUGGUGCUGUCAUCAUCGAGAAACGAAAGCUUUCCUCUGCUAUGUCUGCCGCUAAGGCUGCUUGUGACCAUAUUCAUGAUUGGCAUUUCGGAACUAAGCCUGGAGAAUGGGUCUCUAUGGCUGUACCAUCUGAUGGCUCAUAUGGUAUUCCCGAAGGUCUGAUGUUCUCAUUCCCAGUCACCAUUGAUGGAUCCACCAAGGAAUGGAAAAUCGUACAAGGAUUGUCCUUGGAUGAUUUUGCCAAGCAAAAGCUGGCUACUACACAAAAGGAACUCGAAGAGGAACGCGACGAUGCGCUGAAGGCUUGCGACGAAGCCAACAUGCACGAAGAAAAGACACCGCUCCGAGUUCUUGUCACUGGUGCUGCUGGACAAAUUGGUUACUCUCUAGUUCUUCAAAUUGCCAAAGGAGAUGUGUUUGGAAAGGAUACCCCGCUUGUUCUUGUUCUGCUCGAUAUUCCUCCAAUGGCUAGCGCACUCGAAGGGGUGAAGUUUGAAUUGCAAGACUGUGCGCUGCCGAACCUUAUUGGUGUCGAAUGCGUGACCACGGAAAAAGAAGCCUUUACUGAUAUUGACUAUGCCUUCCUUGUUGGAGCUAUGCCUCGAAAAGAAGGAAUGGAGCGUAAGGAUCUUCUUGCCGCUAAUGUGAAGAUUUUCAAAUCGCAGGGCAAAGCUUUGAAAGCUUAUGCAAAACCUACCACCAAGGUCAUCGUUGUUGGUAAUCCAGCCAACACAAAUGCCUUUGUUUGUGCCAGAUACGCUGGUCCCAAAGUGCCUCCUCGUAACUUUUCUGCAAUGACUCGGCUUGACCAUAACCGCGCCUUGGCUCAGCUUGCUGCAAAAGCUGGAGUCACGAUUGCUGAUGUUAAGAAUGUGAUUAUUUGGGGAAACCACUCCAGUACUCAAUUCCCCGAUGUAAGGCAUGCCGUAGUCACGAAAGGAGGAAAAAGUAUUGAUGCCUAUACUGCUGUUAACGACAAUGCUUACCUUCAAGGACAAUUCAUCUCGGACAUUCAAAAACGUGGUGCUGUGAUUAUCCAGAAACGAAAGCUUUCCUCCGCUAUGUCAGCUGCUAGGGCUGCUUGUGAUCAUAUUCACGAUUGGCAUUUCGGAACAAAACCUGGGGAAUGGGUUUCUAUGGCUGUACCAUCCGAUGGUUCAUAUGGCAUUCCGCCAUUCCUAAUUUUCUCGUUUCCUGUCACCAUUGACGCAAGCACCAAGCAAUGGAAGAUUGUGCAAGGUCUGACUUUGGACGACUUUACCAGGCAAAAGUUGGCAAUCACAAGAAAGGAACUAGAGGAGGAGCGCGAAGAGGCGCUGAAGGCUUGCGAAGAACAUUAAAGCUGGUACUCUGAGUACUCUAGGUCAUCUGUCACCCUGGCAUUGAGCUUAUUGCAGCAGGAAAUAUCCUAAAAUAUCUUUUGCUGCAGAAUACGAUUGUACAACGACUAGGCAC